AUGUCUGGCAUAACAAACGAACUAGCCACGAAAAUCUCACACUUUGCGCGCUUCCCGCAAACCGGUGUCUCUCUGCGCCAAAUGGUCGAGUUUGGCCAAAACCCCUCACAGGGAACACUCCUGCGCGCCGCGCAGUUCCUCCAUGACGAGCUGCCCAUCCGCCUGGCCCACCGCGUGGUCGAGUUGGACACGCUGCCGGACAACCUCAACCAAAUGCCCAGCGUGUUGCGCGUCAAGCGCAUGUAUAUUGAUUCGUUCAACGAGCUGAUUAAUUUCCCAAAGGUUUCGGAGAGGAUAAGAGAGGCCGUGCGCGCUGCUACUGUUCAGGCGUCCGGGCAGAGGAGGCAUUUGCCAGGGAACCACCAGAAUCCGUCUUGCGGGGAUAAUGCCACGCGUAACUCUUCUACACAUUGGAUUCCAUCGAUCCAGCAUCGUUACCACUAUGAGGUCAAACCCACCGAACUGCCCGUCGAGGUGUCCGAGUACAACCGCAGUUUUGUCAAGACCCUGGAGAAAAUAAAGCGGCGCCACGAUCCCGUUGUCACUGCCCUGGCACAGGGCGUGGUCGAGUACAAGCAGCUGCUGAAGAGCCACACCAUCCACCCACACGUGCAGCACUUCCUCGACCGCUUCUACCUGUCACGGAUCGGCAUCCGGAUGCUCAUCGGCCAGCAGAUCGAGCUGAACCAGCCGCAGCAGAAGCACCGCGACUACGUCGGCGUCAUCUGCACACACACGCGGAUCGCUGACGUCAUGCAGGAGGCCAUUGAUAACGCGCGCUUCAUCUGCGGCGACUACUACAUGCUUAUGAGCGUCCCGGAGAUCGAGCUUCAUUGCCCCACAGACCUGGAGUUCAUGUACGUGCCGAGCCACCUGCACCAUAUGAUCUUUGAGCUGCUGAAGAACUCGCUGCGCGCCGUCGUCGAGUUGUAUGGCGACGAGGCUGAGCGGUACCCGAAAAUCAAGGUGGUGGUCGCCGAGGGCAACGAGGACAUUACUGUGAAGGUUUCGGAUGAGGGUGGCGGUAUUCCGCGCAGUGCCAUGGAGCAGGUAUGGACGUACAUGUACACGACUGCGCAGACGCCCAUGCUGGACCCCGAGUUUGACCAGUCAGACUUUAAGGCCCCGUUGGCCGGCUUUGGCUAUGGCUUGCCGCUGAGCAGGCUGUACGCUCGUUAUUUCGGCGGUGACCUCAAGCUGAUCUCCAUGGAGGGCUAUGGCACCGAUGCGUAUCUCCAUCUGAGCCGCCUGAGUGACAACGAAGAGCCACUGGCUUAA